UUUGUGAAUUGCUAAGAAAAAAAAUGGCUUUCUCAUCACCUCUACUUGUCAUUGUCAUUAUCAUUGCCACCUUUCUACUAGCCACCUUGGGAUUAGCCGCUACUAUCACCCCACCCAAUCGACCCUUCAAGAAAAUCUAUGUUUUCGGUGACUCCUACACCGAUACCGGCAACACUAACUCAGCCACGGGACCAAGUAGUUUCAAUUUCGUCUCGAAUCCACCUUAUGGCAUGACAUUUUUCCACCGUCCAACCAAUCGCUACUCCGACGGACGUAUCAUGAUAGAUUUCGUAUCUCAAGUCCUCGGUCUACCCUUCAUUCCUCCAUACCUCGACCGAAAAGCCAACAAAUCUCACGGGGUGAACUUUGCAGUCGCGGGAGCUAGCGCUAUUAGACAUAGCUUCUAUGUGAAGAACAAUAUGAGUCUAAACAUUACCCCACAAUCACUCGAGACUGAAAUCCGUUGGUUCGAUAAGUUUCUCGAAAGUCAAGGGUGUAAAGGGUGGAAUGAAACUCCAAAACAAUGUGGUGAAGCCUUUGAAGAUGCAUUGUUUUGGAUUGGUGAAAUGGGUGAAAAUGAUUACUCUUAUACUUAUAUAUCUUCAGUUGAUAAAUUAAAAGUUCAAAAACUUGUAAUUAAAAGCCUCACCACCUUUUUACAAACUAUUUUGUCAAAAGGUGCUAAAUAUGUUGUGGUCCAAGGCCUGCCCACAACAGGUUGUCUCCCAUUUGCUCUGUUUCUUUCCUCAGAUGAUGAUAGGGAUGCCAUUGGUUGUUCUUCUAGCUUCAACAAGCAAAGCUAUGAACACAACCGACUCCUACAAUCUAAACUAGCCUAUCUAAGAAACCAAUUCCCAGAUGCAGUCAUUGUUUAUUCUGAUUUUUGGAAUUCAUUUCGAGAAGUUGUUACAAGCCCUGAGAAAUAUGGUUUUGUUGAGAGAUUCAAGGCUUGUUGUGGACCAGGAGCAGAUCCUUAUAACUUUGAAAUGUUUUUCCCAUGUGGGUCUCCAAAUACAAGUGCAUGUGGGAACCCUUAUCAGUAUAUCAAUUGGGAUGGUGCCCAUCUUACUGAAGGGAUGAAUAAAGUCUUGGCUAAUUUGAUGCUUGAUGGAACUUUUAGCUACCCUCCAUUUCAGACAUUGUUGAAGAAGAAAGGUGAGCAGUCACUAAGAACAUAAGAUCCAUGUUCUUAAUUAAUUAAUGUUAUGAGAAUAAGAUUUGAUGUUGUAAGUUGUGUUUCUUCUCUGUAUUUUUUUUGUUUGUAAAAGUAUGUUUCUUCUAUUGUUAUUGUUGUAGAAGAAUGUAUGAACUAAAAAGAUUAAAUCUUUUUAAUUCGAUUUUACUAAAAAUGCAUUAUUGUAAUGGUAGUUGAAAGUGUAUUUAUUGAGGCAAAUGUUAAUGUAUUAAUGUUUUUAAUAUUAUUUAUGUAAAUUUUUUUUAAAUGGUUCAUUUUAUAA